UAUGGCAUCCCCAUGCUUUCUGCUCGACCUUGCAUCAGGCCUUUUUGGUGAAAUAGAGAUAAAACUUUAAAUCAUGGAUCAGAAGAAACUAGGAGACCUUGCUGGGCGUUUGAAGGGCGGUGGAAAAGGAAUGGGAGCUGGACUUGGGCUUCUGGCAGCAGCUGGUGGAUUAGUAUAUGCAGCUGCUCAGUCGAUUUACACAGUUGAUGGUGGUCACAGAGCUAUUAUUUUCAGUCGUAUUGGAGGAGUAAAGAAUGACAUUUUUACAGAGGGAAUCCACUUCAGAGUCCCGUGGUUUCAUUAUCCUAUCAUUUAUGACAUUAGAUCCAGGCCGAGAAAAAUCUCUUCUCCAACUGGUAGCAAAGAUUUACAGAUGGUGAAUAUUUCUCUGCGUGUGUUGUCGCGGCCAGAUCAAAUGAUGUUACCAACCAUGUACAGACAGCUAGGCACCGACUUUGAUGAACGAGUUUUGCCGUCCAUAACAAAUGAGGUAUUGAAGAGUGUGGUUGCAAAGUUUAAUGCAUCACAGCUGAUAACACAGCGUCAGCAAGUCAGUCUUCUUAUCAGGAGAGAACUGACAGAGCGAGCUAAAGACUUCAACAUUAUCCUUGAUGACGUGUCCAUCACUGAGCUCAGUUUUAGCCGAGAGUACACAGCAGCUGUGGAGUCCAAACAGGUUGCCCAACAAGAGGCUCAGCGUGCCCAGUUUGUUGUGGAGAGAGCCAAACAAGAACGACAACAAAAAAUAGUCCAGGCAGAGGGUGAAGCUCAAGCUGCUAAAAUGAUAGGGCAGGCCAUCAGUCAGAAUCCAGGUUACCUGAAGCUGAGAAAGAUCAGAGCUGCGCAGAACAUUGCCAGAACAGUGGCAACCUCACAGAACCGUGUGUAUUUGAAUGCAGGGUCAUUGAUGUUAAACAUCUUAGAUGCAGAGUUUGACACAUCAGCAGAAGCGCUAUCAAAGAAGAGAAAGUAGUUCACACGUAGACAAUUUGAUCAAUGCAUCUAAUUUUGUUUUAUCAGUCUGCGUUAGUUAUCUCCCCUGAAAGAAUUUCUCAUUAUUUUGCGCUAAUUUCUAAAUACAUAUAGAUGUAUUACCUACAUGUUGAUAUUGUCCCACUGAUGUUUUCAGGAUUAAGUGUAAAAUACAUUUGGAAUGGCUUAAAAGUGGAUAGACUGUUAAGCUUGUAUGAUGUUACUGGAAAUGUCAUCCAGGAUAUAGGUGAAUUGCAGGAUCAAACCUAGUAACCAUGGUUUGAAAAGUGAAAUAAUCUUAAAUCGUUGCACAUCUGAGAAUUUAUUGGUACACGGGAAAUGCUUUGUUACCACAUAGUUCAUUUAAGGAGGAGGUCAGCUAUGAUUGCUGGUAAAUCUGAGACUAUUAUACAGGUUGCACUAAAAAUGUUGUCAGAAUGUGAAGUUAAAUUGAUAUUCAAAUUGGUGAUACAAUUUCGGGACUUGCAUGGGUUUCAUUUGUGAAGACUGACUUCUGCCUGUGUUAUCUUACCACUGUAACUGCCAACAAUCAUAGUGCUGCUGUUGACAAAUUUUCUUGUUUUGAGAUAUAUUGAACUAUAUUAAAAAUAAAUAAGAGUAAAUAAUAGGCAAUGAGAGUGGGAAUAUUUCACUUUUGUUCAUGGUCUGCUUUGAAAUAAGCAUUGUUAUAACCAAUUUUGAAAAUCAUAGAAGUCUCUCUUUGAAUUUUUAUCAAGAGAACAAAUAUUUCUAUAGUGCUUAAACAUUUAGCGUUUUGUUCUGGUAUGCCUUUAAGUGAUAUUGUCAACACCAGUAUUGUAAGCGCAUGUAAAUGAAUAAAUGGGGAUUUACUCUAAUCUCCUUACGGCUAAUCCUUUCUAGAAAAUCGUUUCUGCGUAAAGUGCUGAGUUAUUGAUGUAGUGCUACAUCGUAGAUAGUGUAUACUGAGUGCAUAUAUAUGCACAAUUCUGAGAGAAAUGUUAACCGACCAAACUGAGACAGAUGUAGGGUCAUUUUUUCGUCUUUUUUUUUAAAUGAAUGAAACAUUGUAAUAUAAAGAAAAUGGCUUCCUUGAAUAUGUUAACCAAGAACAAAGUGUGUGUGUCUUUAGGGAUUUUGUCAUUCUUCGAACAUACACAACUGUUCCUAUUCUAAUGGAUGCUUAUCUUGCGGAUCAUGUCAUUGAAUAAAUCCAUCUUGACUUA